GAGAGAAGAGUUGUAGCAGCAGUUCCGCGGUGACUCCCCGGGCGAGCUUGGUGUUGUGAUAGAAGUUGGAACUGGAGAAGAGGAAACAAGUGAAGGGAGGACUGCAGAAAAACGAGGAAAAUGUUUACUGACGGAGAUCUCGAAGCUACAGCAAGAGAUGGGUACGAAGCCUUCGACUGCUCGAGAGCCGUCGCCCUCAUCGGCUUCCUGGGCCUCCUCUCCAACUUCCAGGACAUCAUAGACGACAUCGUCAACAACGCCAACCGUCGACGGAAACGCAGACGCAUCGAGAGCGCACCCGUUCCCGAGACACGACUUUGGGACGCCCUAAGCGACGUGCUCUCGGCCUUGACCUCGACUCCGGGACACCUGAACGCGACCCAGAGCGAGGACGACUUCGAGGGCGCAGAACAGGAAUCGCCGCAAGAACAAGAACGCCCUGUCUUUGAAGAACACUCUGCACACCCUGGUCUCCUCGGCGACCUGGCCAAGAUGGGACCUCAGCUCGCGCUGUGGGUCGUGGACGUCGCCGACGGUCGUCUGCCGGGCGAACGAGGUCACCUGAACGCGUGCGAGGUCAGCCGCCUCCUUAGCAAAGGUCACGGCUGGCCUGGGUCACUCGCCGCGCAUUUGCUCACGAGCACUCUGGCCGGCGCCCUUAGUUCACAUACGUCUUCGAGGGAAAGACUGAAAGAUUCGGGACUCCUUGACGGGACAUCGAGCUGCUCUAAUUAGUUGUUUAGACUGAAUAGAUGACGUGGCUUAUAAAGGGCAUUGGAUAUUUUGUUUUUAUCGAGUUUUGUAAUGUUUAUGGAAUUACUGUAAUGGGUAUUAUAGUAAUUCUUAUUGUUCAUUUUUUUUUUAUUCAUCUGUUUUGUUUACUGACAUUUAUUUAUCUAUCCCUUUACUCCUCUAUCAGUUACAUACAUAUUUGUUCAAGACUUUAACAAGGAUCCACCAUAUCCUACAUGUUAUGCAACAACUCUGAUUCACUUCUUUAGUCAGACUAAGCAUUAUGGUUACAUUCAUUCACCUGUGAAGAAAUGCACACUUUUGUUCAUUAAUGGCCAUAUGCUUAAAGAAAUUGCAGAACACAAAUUAGUUCUUAACACAAUUUUCUUCUUUUAGAAUCUUCACAUUUAUAGGAAGUCUUAACAUAACCAGAACUUUAACUUUCAAAAAUAGUGUUCUUAUCCUCUUGCGUUAUUUUGGUAUACAUUUAUUUUUUGUGGUAUUAUUCCUUACUAGAGGAUUUUGUGCUUCAAAGUGUGCAUUCCACAAUUAUUUUAAGCAUACGGCCGUAAGAACCAAUCACUAGUCUUAUCUAAUAAAAUCAAUUAAAACAAGAUGAA